CAAUAAUUUUAAGCUAAACAGACGAAAGAAAGUUUUCACUUAAGCCAGACGUACUGAACGGUGCAGUGCGUCUUUAAUUUUUGAAAUAUUUCAACAGCAAAAGAAAAAAAACAAAUAAGAAAAAUCUAGAGCAAAUUUUAAAUUAGUAACAAGUAACUUUAAUAUUAACGGAUACAGCCACAGUGAGACAAAGAAAUUGGGGUUCCGCAAAAAAAGUAGAAAUAAAACAAAUCAUAAACCGUAAAAUUUUAUUUUUUUAAACGUACAAACAAAUUAAGUGAUUGUGAAAGUUCCUUAAGAGUCAUAACAUAAAUUGGAUAAAUUAUCUUAAAAGAAAAUAAAUAAUAAUGUUAGUAAAAAAAGCAGUAUUUCUGUUGGCCUUAUUAUGCGUCAAUAUAUCCUUCGGUCACACCACACAGCGCCCCUCACGCUCGGCGGGUGGUGAUGAUGAUGCAAAUCCAUUACUGGACAUGGCUUCAAUGUUUAUACAAGAAGCUUUAAAUAAUCAAAAUAGCAAUGGUGGCCGCGGAGGUGGCGGUGGUGGUGCUGCUGGUCUAGCUGGUAUAGCAUCUAUGGUUGGUUCAUUUAUGCAAGCCAAUAGCGGUGGUCAAGGUAAAAGUGCUGGCGGUUCAGGUGCCAUGCAAAUCCUUUCCGGAAUUGGUAGUCUAUUAGCUAGUGCUGGCAACAAUAAUGGAGCUCGCAAUGGAGGCGGUGGUGGUGGUUUUGAUCCUUCCAUUAUUGGCAAUGUUAUUGAAAUGUUUACUCAAGGUGAUGACAGUGAGGACGAUGGCGCUGAUGGUCAACAUCAUCAUCAAAAGCGUGAAUCUGAUUCAGGCAUUGAUUUGGGUUCUAUACUACAAAUCGCUUCAGCUUUUAUGGGUCAAAAUAAUGAAGCACCCUCUCAUCAUCAUCAGCAAAAACGAUCAGUCAACACAAAUUCAGCCACCCCACAACCUCAAGAAGAUAAUGGCCUAAUGAGCCUUUUGCCUUUGGUUAUGCAAGCUGUCAGUUCAUUUGCCGGUCCCGAAGGACAACAUACUCAAGAGAAACACAGAGAUCAUGCUUGGGUUUUGCCUCCUUUCUUGGAACACUUGCAUGUUCUGUGGGAUCAUUUCUCGAAUUCAGAGUUGGCUGAUGCUCUUUACGAAAAGUCGGGUGUUAAUAAGAUUAUGAAGGGUUUCAAGGGUCGUGAUGGCAAAUUGGAUUAUGACAAAUUAUUUGAGUCCUUAAAUAAUCAAUCAUUCCGUAGACGUUGGAUUAAAUCUGCUACUCUUUAUUUGGCCGAUUGGGCUAGUUAUUUGGCUAACCCAGAAGUUUAUUUGAAAUACUUCCAAACAGCACAAUUAAUGUUUAAUGGUUUCCUUAAGUCUCAAGGCUAUCCUAAGACUACAUUCUUCGAUCCCAGCCGUCCCAGUGAAACCAUUUCCAAUUUAUUGGAUCACGUUGCCAAACAUCAUCUUAAUGUUAAAAUAGAUUCUCGCCAAUAUGUAAAACCAGCUGUAGGCUAUGCAAAGGAUUUGAUGAAAUUGGGCCAGGCACGUGGUGUCUUGCAAUUUAAUGCCACUGAUAUUAGUGAUAAACUGACAGAUACAUUAAAUUUAGAGGUUAUUGAACCAGUUUUAAAAGUUCAUCGUGCCUAUAGAUAUGUAAUGAAACAACCACACUGUGAUCGUUAUGUAUUGUGUCAACUUAAUGAUGCCGAACAGUAUUCAGCCGAAGAAUCUCGUGGUCUAAUUUCAGGUGUAAGUCCAAAAAUUGUUAAAGUUGGCAGUAUGGGUGCUGCUUUCUUCAUUAGCACUGAAACUGGAACACCAUUCUGGACAUUGUUUAGUGUCAUCACAACAGCAUCAAAUUGUGAGGUUAAAUAUCCUGUUGAUUGCACUGGAUUCCAUGAAGGCGAAGCUAAAGUGACCACAGAAUAUAUACACAAUGAAUUGUAAUUGUCUGAGAAUGUGUGAUUUGAGCAUUUUUUUUAAUGUAACUUUUGAUGGUACUAUAUUCCCAGUUUAUUUUUUUAAAAUUGUAAACAUUAAUAAAUGAUCUUAAUAGCAAUUUCUUUAUUUAUAUAAGAUUUCAUUUUGUGGUAUAAUUAUAAUGAAAUUAUCACAGACUUGUAGGUGUUAAACAAUU